GUCAGUCGCAGUGAAGAGGAGAUGAUGUUGCCUGUUGUGACUCGGAGAGGACGCCUGUUGUUUCUGCAGCGUUACGUUCUGCAGCGACGCAACGUCGCAUCAGAAAACACAGAACGAAAUGCCGCUCUGCAGAGGGCACUCUCCAUAUUCAGGUCCAUUUGUGGUGUGGACGGCGUGUCACUGGCCGGAGCUGUUAGAGACCAACACGGCGCUGAUGAAUCUCUGCACCGAUGUUGUCCUCCUGAUGUGGUGGUGUUUCCACGUUGUGUGGAGGAAGUCAGUGCCCUGGCAAAGGUCUGCCACCAACACUGCCUUCCCAUCAUCCCCUUUGGCACUGGAACUGGACUGGAGGGAGGGGUCAGCGCCUUAAUGAGUGGCGUCUGUUUCAGUCUGAGAAACAUGGACCAGAUCUUGGAUCUCCACCAGGAGGACUUUGAUGUGACGGUGGAACCUGGUGUGACUCGGAAGACCCUCAACUCUUACCUGAGAGACACCGGCUUGUGGUUUCCUGUUGAUCCUGGAGCAGAUGCCUCUCUGUGCGGUAUGGCUGCCACCAGUGCAUCCGGUACCAAUGCAGUGCGCUAUGGGACCAUGAGGGAAAACGUUAUCAACCUGGAGGUGGUCCUAGCUGAUGGGACUGUCAUACACACAGCUGGGAAAGGUCGUCGACCCAGGAAGACCUCUGCAGGCUACAACCUAACAAAUCUAUUUGUGGGGUCAGAAGGCACUUUGGGAAUCAUUACUAAGUCAACACUACGUCUGUAUGGCAUCCCUGAGGCCAUGGUGUCAGCCCUCUGCUCGUUUCCCUCCGUCCAAGCCGCUGUGGACAGCACCGUGCAGAUCCUGCAGGCCGGAGUCCCCAUCGGUCGCAUUGAGUUUCUCGAUGAUGUCAUGAUGGAUGCAUGCAACAGGUUCAGCUCUCUGUCCUAUCCCGUGUCCCCAACGCUCUUCCUGGAGUUCCACGGCUCUGAACGCAGCCUGGAGGAGCAGGUCAGCACAGCCGAGGACAUCACUCAGAGUAACGGCGGUUCCGAUUUUCAGUGGGCGAAAGACACAGAAACACGGAACCAUUUGUGGAAAGCUCGUCAUGAUGCCUGGUAUGCUGCUCUGGCUCUGAGACCGGGUUGCAAGGCCUACUCCACUGAUGUGUGUGUGCCUCUCUCCUGGCUACCUCAGAUCAUAGUGGAGACGAAACAAGACCUUAUUCAGAGCAGACUUACAGGUCCAAUUGUUGGUCAUGUGGGUGAUGGUAACUUCCACUGCUUGUUGGUUUUAGAUCCCAACAAUCCAGAAGAACUCCACAGGGUUCAGCUCUUCACCGAAAGAUUAACCAGGCGGGCCCUGGCAAUGGAUGGCACAUGCACAGGGGAACACGGAGUGGGUUUGGGAAAAAGAGCUCUGCUGUGUGAGGAGCUUGGCCCCAUGACUGUCCAGGUUAUGCAACGUCUCAAAAACACCCUGGACCCGAAAAACCUAAUGAAUCCUGGGAAGGUUCUGCAGCCGGGAAAACCAUGAACACGUACUCAAGCAGAGAUACGAUGACAUACCUUCUUGAUUUGGUUGAAGAUGAAAGCUUAUUUAUCAGGAUCAAAGCUUAGUGAUCAGGAGCGUUGAAGAAGAGAUCAAAGGAAUCGGCCCCAAUUGUCCGUCCAGACUUGAUUAGGGUCUUGUGGCUUCUGUCUAUGGGGUUGUGAUCCACAGUUGCACCUUCAUAUGAACACUGAGUGAACGUGACCUUCAGUAAAGCCACGAGCAAACUGAAGAAUAAAAAACGAACACAGUGAGAUCUGGUGUCUGCUUCCUGUUUUCUUUCACCACAUCUUCUGAUGUCAUAAAGGGUGCAGGCUGCAUUAAUCUGUCAGUUUGUAAUGCUUACUCGUGCUGUAUUUUUGUGAACUCAGCUUGUUCGUGUGCAUAUAUUUACACCAGCGUGAGUCAGGAGCAUGAGAGCUUUUGAUUUUAUUAAGAUGCAGAUAUUAAUGUUCUGUCCUGGAACAGGAAUCUUUCUUUGCUUACUGCUUUGUAAAAGUGUACGCGAGCACAGUUUGGGCCGACCUGCACGGUGCAUCAUGCAAAAAAGCCUCACUGCACAUGGUGACAAACCAACCUGUGAAACCACUAAAGGUGAAGGUUCUCUGUAUGCGUGCACACGCUGCUCUGUUUGUGUGUUUGCAUCCUUCAAGAAGACUCGGGUCCAUUUAUAGUCUUGCUGUCAUUAUCAGUGGGCCGGUUUAACAUCCAUUACCGUAAGGACUUUAUCGUAGUUUACCUUAUUGGGCCGCAAGGCCAAGAAGACGAGUGCAUGAGAUUAAACUUUGUGUUGUUUAGGAGAAACUGAGAGACAGAAUAAAAUCAUCCAAAUUACACACACACAGAGGAUUAAAGUAAUCCCAAACAGAACACGUGAGCCAGUAAUCCCAAUUUAUCAUAUGCAGGCAAACUCUGACAACAUUGUGCAGACUCACUGUACCGGGGUGGGGGGGUGUCACUCCAUACAAUGCACACGUAUUGUCAGGGUCAACAGGCCCUUCAGUCAUGAAUCACAACUCUUCAAACACACGCAUGCUUUGUUUUUGUUCUUUUUAAAAUUGAAGUUCAUGCAUUAUUAUAUUGUGAGGAAAUAAUUCUGGAUUUAAAUGGCGGCUCCAGAGAAGUUUUCCUUGGGGUGGGGGAGGGGGUGAGUCAAUAGAACGUUCCCUACAAAUAUCCAUUUUUAAAGGAAAUUUCAAAUGACCUGACACAAACAGCUGUUUGAAAGGGAGGGAGUCUUUCCAAGGGAUUAAUAAAGUUCUGCCUAAUCUAGGUUAAAAACAAGUAAUGGUUUGAGGUUAGGUGAAGACUGGUGUUAUGUUGAGAAUUAGGGUAAAUUAGUGGAUAGAUUUGGGUUGGUUUAAGAUUUGGAUUAGGUUAGGACUAUAGGUUAAAGUUUGAUGUUAGGUUAAGGUUUGGAUUUGGUUAUGGCUCAGUGGCAGGUCAAGAAAUAUCUCAUAAGCUGAAGCGAAGGAUGGUGAGAACAGUCAUAGUCAACCCACAGACCUGCUCCAAAGACCUACAACAUGAUCUUGCAGCAGAUAGUGUCUC